AUGUGGGUUAUCUAUUUGGACUACCGGGGAGGAUUGUUCUUGGGAGUGCCUUUGUUCUUUGUGGGUUUCAGAGUGUCAAAACAAAAUCAGGCUGUCCAGAGCCAAGUUUUAAUUGUCGCUGUCGCUGUCGGCAUUCAAGACCAUCUGCCAGGUACGCCAGAGGACUCAGUCUGGGUUCGUGACUAUGAACUGUUCGGCAAUCCCUCCUUCGCCAGUGCCAUGUCAGCGAUAUGCACUAUUAUCUUCGCCUAUUCAGGCAUAACGGCAUUCUUUUCUAUCGUCGCAGAAAUGCGCGAUCCUCAUAAGAACUCUAGCUAG